AUGGCUGCAGCAGCAGAUCCGACUCCAUGUGCGGCGCAGCAGCUGCAGCAGCUGCUGCUGCAGGAGCUUCCUGCUACGUCCGCAGCAGAGCAGCAGCAAGGAAGCUCUUUAGGGGAGUGGGAGGCUGAUGGGGCUGCUGUGGGGGGCCCCUCUGAAGCAGCAAAGAGGCUACAGCAAACGAGAGGCACGGCAGCAAGAGCAGCAGCAGCACCGUUUGCUGCUGCUCUCUGCAGUAUGCGCAGCUGUGACGGCAGCAGCGCAGCAGCAGACAGCAGCAAAAGCUGCAGCAGCACGAGCCAACCAGUAAGCAGCCCUUCCGCUUCCGACGUAGCAGCAGCAGCAGCAGCAGAGAUCGAUGAAGACGAUUUUCUGUUGCAGCAGCAGCAGCACAGCAGCAGCAGCAGCAGACUGGCUUCGCGGCGGCCUUUGGCUCUCCAAGCGGGGCUUGCAUCUCCAGCUGCUGCAGCAGCAGCAGCAGCAUCAUGCCGACCCUCUCCUUCUGCUGCUUCUGAAGGCAGCUCGGCUUCGCUCUCUCGCAGCACAAGGGCUUCAACAAGACCGAAGAGACAGUUGGCACGCCGUGAUGGGGAGCAGCAGCAGCAGCAGCAGCAACAGCAGCAGCAGCUCUGCAGCAGCAUGGGAGGCGGUAUCAGCAGCAGCAAACAGCAGAAGCGAUCGACGCAGCAGCAAGUCAGGAGCCGUCGUUCCUCUUCACUGGAUCCUCACGCUCUUGAUGCUGCUGCUGCUGCUGCUGCUGCAGUCACCGGAGCCGACCCUGCUGCAGCAGCAGCAGCAGCCUGCAGCAGCAACCUCAAUGGAAGCAGCAAUGGGGUUGGAAGUUUGUCUUGCAUGAAGCAGCAGCAAGAAGAGCUGCUGCUGCGUAGCACCCCUAGAGAUCGCAGCAACUCUAGGCCGGAUGAGUGGCUGCCGUUGAGAGGAGACAGACAGCAGCAGCAGCAGCAGCAACAGCAGCAGCAGCAACCCUCAGACAACCAACUGAGGCAGCUGGGGGUACACUUCAGCCGCUAUGAUAACUCAUGGGUUGCGCGUCUGCAUGUCGGCGGGAAGAUAUUAAAGAAGUACUUCUCGUCGAAGUUGUACGGGUUUGAGAGAGCGAGAGAAAAGGCGCUGCAAGCCAGGAAGGAUAUGGAAUUAGAUUUGCUGAGGACUCAGCGGCAGCAGCAAGAAGCAGCAGCAGCAGCAGCAGCAACUGCUGCUGCAGCGGGCAGCAACAGCAGCACCAAAGGAUGCGGUGCAGCACCAGGCAGCCAAGCGAAUGGAGUCGCAGCAACAACACCCACGGGCCUCCUCGCAGCAACAGCAGCAGCAACAGCAGCACCGCUGCCGCCGCUGCUAUCUGCUGCUGCUGUUGAUGAUGAUUUGCUGCGCCCUGAGGAGAAUCUAAAGAAAGGAAUGUCUCUCUUUCAUUCUGCUGCUGCUGCUGCUGCUGUGAUGCUGGCGCAGCAGCAAGUCAUGCAGCAGCUGCUGCUCCUGCAAAUGCACUCCUCAGCAACAGCAGCAGCAACGGCGCAGCAGCAGCAGCAACAGCAGCGCCAGCGACCGGGAGACAGCCUUAUAGCUCAAGCAGAAACAGCAGGGUACGCACUGCAGCUGGAGCAGCUGCAGCGGCUGCAGCAGCUGCAGCAGCUGCAGCAGCUGCAUCAGCAGCAGUUCGCAACCACCUUCCUUCUUGCUGCUGCAGGGUGUAUAGCAGACGGGAGCAGCAGCACUGUCCCCACGCCAAGCAGCAGCAGCACGCCGGGCGGCAACAGCAGCAGCAGUGGCUGCUGCAGCAGCAGCAGCGGCUGCUGCUGCAGCAACACGCCCGGGGGAGAGCCGUGUGGGGCCUCUUCGGUGUGCAAGCUAGAGAGACAGCAGGAGGAGCAAGACCCUCAGCAGCAGCAGCAGCAGCAGUUGCUGCUAGAUGGACCCAGCAGAGGCAGAGGGGGGUCGCGCACUGGUUAUACAUCUCCUAGCGGUAUGAGGAAGCGCUGCUGCAGCAGCGUUGGAGGCGAAGGGCCUGCUGCUGCUGCUGCUGCUGCUGCUGCUUUAGGCAGGCAGCAAACUGCAGCAGCAGCAGACAGCCCCCUGCUGCAGCAAACGAGCAGUGAAUCACCCUUCACAGCCGUAGCAUCCUUGCUGGCUUCUCUUGGGGCCCAGAGCAAGAACAGCAGCAGCAACAGCAGCAGCAACAACGGCAGCAGCAGCAACAACAACAAACGACGAGGAACUGCAGCUGCUGGGCAGCAGCAGGAAGUCUGCCGCACUCGUGAGGUGUCUCUGCAGCAGCAGGCAUUAGCUGCUGCUGAUCCCUCAAGCCUCUGUUCUCCUUUGGAGCUGCAGCAGCAAGUGCAGCAGCGGCUGCAGCAGCUGCUGCAGCAGCUGCAGGGGAAUGAAGAUGCCAGCGGCUCGCGCGCAGAUGACUCGCGGCAGCAGCAGCUGCAGCAGCAGCAGCAAGAUGGUGCAUCACCUUCUUUGCUUCCUUGCUUGCAAGAGCUGCUGCAGUCUCUGGGCGCUGUCUCCCCUUCAGGGCAGCCAGACAGUGCUGCAGCAGCAGCUGCAGCAGCUGCAGCAGCAGCAGGCGCUGCUUCUGGAGUACAGCAGCAGCAGCAACAGCAACAACAACAACAGCCUCAAGAUGAAGAUGCUGCACGUCUUCGUGAGGCGGUGCAGCAGCUGCGCGAAGUGCAGCAGCAGUUCCUGCAGGAGCACCAGGGCCGUCAGCAGCAGCAGCAGCAGCAGCGGCAGCAGCAGCAGCAGCAGCAACAGCAGCAGCAGCAAACCCAGGAAGAAGAAGAUUUGCACCAGGACUUGUGCAGUUUAUCUUCAGACUCCGCCGCUCUCUUAAACAGCAGAAACAAGAAACACCGCAUUCCGGCGUAG